AUGAAUUUGACUUCUCUUCCCUACUGCUUUGGUUUUGUGACCUCUUACCGGUGUCUCUUGCAGAUCUACAUAACGUGUAUUGUGAAGGCCACUCUUGCUUCUGCACCCAGUGAUGCUCUCCGCAAAUCCUGUUCCUUUUCCAAUGGGUGGCUUGCUGCUGAUGGGAACCACCAGGCUUGUGGUUGCUGUGACUCAACAUGUGGUCCUGAUGGAGGAAAUGCUGCUCCUUUUGGGGGCGUUCAGUGGGAAGGCAAUGCCUCACUCGGUCCUGUAAUGGUUCAAGAGCGACCGAAGACUUCAGCUGGUUUUCAAUAAAUGGAGAAACCUUUUCUUGUUA